GCACAAAAAGCGACACCUUACCAUGCAAUGAAUCCGUUUUUGCGCAAAAGUGCAAAGCUGUAAAACGCAUUUUUGGACGUUUGCAUUUGCAAUUAUUUUAUACUCAAAUAUUAUUUUGACCUUUUUUUGCAAUGUCGACGAUGGGGAGAAGCUAUUAUGUAGAUGCACGGAUUCUUCCUGAGCAGGAAGACAUGGCACCGAUGUUCUCCUCAGCUUCAGGGGUGGAGCAAACGGCGGUCACUGAAUAUGGCGGACAGGAGUCGUGUCUUUUGCAAGCAAAAUCCUCUAUUUUUGGCGGAUCUUGGAGCGCCAUUUCAGCCCACCCUGGAAGCGCAAUCACUCCGACCUAUUAUGCAAGUGGUGACAGUGAUGGCAUGUUUACGCGUUCGUGGGCUCUGGAUCCAGUCUCUGCGUCUCUGUGUUUGACGGGAUUACCCUCGACAGCCGUGCAUUAUGAGAUCAAACCUGAGCCCGUUGCAGGCAGUGCAGAAUGCAUGACUUUGGAGACGCACACUCCUCUUCUGGUUGACAUUGAAAACGGAGCGUCUUUUGUGGAUAUCGAGUCCUCCACCUCCUCUAAAGUUCCAGAAGAAAACCAGACAGAAGGAGAAAACAAGAAGACAAGCCAUUUCCCAGAUAACCCGUCGUCCAGUUGGCUGCAAGCGAAGCCCACCAGGAAAAAACGAUGUCCAUACACAAAGCAUCAAAUCCUGGAACUGGAAAAGGAGUUUCUGUUCAACAUGUACCUCCCGCGUGACCGCAGAUAUGAAGUAGCCAGACUUCUGAAUUUGACUGAGAGGCAGGUGAAGAUAUGGUUCCAAAACCGCAGAAUGAAGAUGAAGAAGGAAAACAAGGACCGUCGGAGAGACAGUUAGCGCUCAUAGCCGGGUGGGUGGGUGGUGUUGGUUGGGAUGGGGGGUACAGCUUGUUCCUUGUGUUGUUAUUGUUGUGCUUUAAAUAAAUGCUGGAGGAUUUAUUCCCUUUGUUUAAUGUUUGUGAGAUCACGACUUUAACUGUACUUGUUGCACAUGAUUAAAUCUGUUUGCAUGUAAUGUUCUCCUUGAAUGUUCUGUGGCUACCUAUGUUUUCAUGGUUUACGUUAAUAUUUUAGCAGAAUUUAGAGUUUUCUAACUAAAUUGAUGUGUUCUGUGUAAAACACGUCUACAUACCUCAUACCUCGCCAGCUCUCUG